UAUCCAACACUGCAUCAGAUGGCAUUAGACUAUCUCUCCAUCCCAGCAGUUGAAUGUGUCUUCUUGCAGGGCCAGCAGCUCCUUCAUUUUACUUGCAACUGGCUCACACCAUCAACAAUUGGUGCUUUUCUCUGCCUCGGAGCCUGGGGCAGAAGUGAUCUUCUGAUGAUGGAAGACCUUCUAGCCUCUGUAAAGAGUCGAAAACGGAAGUGA